UCCAAGUUCAAAGACAGUCAACCUAAAAAGUUCGAGAUGAACAAGUUAGGGUUUGAAAUAGCUCAGCCAAAUUAACAGUCCUAAUUACUAUAUCAACAGCAUUAACUGGGUCCUUGUUCUUCCUCUGCUGCAGUAACAUUAGCAUUGAAAAUUGACCAAUGUUUUCAAUAACAACCAUAUUUUGACUUUAAUUCCAAAGUCUUUGAAAAUAUCAAUUUUAAUAUAAUCUGAAAAUUGGUGACAUUAUAAAGUUUCUAUAAGAUGAGUUGAUCUGUUUCAAGGAUAGAGAUAACAGGAGACUUCCUGGGUGUAAGUUAAGAUGACUGAUAUUUCUGUCUUCUGUGAAUUCCAAAACUUUUAAAGUUUUCUACACUGAUUGCCUGCUUCCAAGGAGCACUGAUAGGAGUUGAAAAUUUAAAUGUUUUUGUGCUUUACAUAGCAAUAUAUGGAAAAAUUUACAGACAUGAAUUAGCUUUACAUUCACAGCAUCCAUAAUUUUUACUUCUUGCCUCCUUGUGUAUGAUCACUCUUAUAUGUUACUACAGUUUCUUAAUGUAAUCUCAUCACUCUUUUUUCUCGAAUGGACAUGAAUUCUUUCUGUCUCAAAUGAGAAGAUCUCUUUCUUUGCCCUAUACUGAACAAGAGAUUCAGCGGUGGCGUGAAGAACGCAGAAGGCACUACCCAUCAAAAUCCAACAUAGAGAAGAAGCUGAGUGAAAAGCUGAUAAACUCAGAGGUCAUUGAGAGAGAGGCCAAAAUGCGACGAGAGCAACUGAAGGAGAUUCUUACAAAGCAGGCUGAGUUGGGAGUUGAAGUUGCCGAAAUACCAUCAUACUACCUUGAAGAUUCAAAUCAAGGGCAUAGAAGAGAAGACAAUAAGUAUUUCACUAAGAAGGGGAGAUUACCAAACAAUUUUGGUAAGAGAGAAAAAUAUGAUAAAAAGGAUCGGUUUGCCAAGAGGCAAAAAUCUCAUCACAAGGAUUCAUCUAAUGACCCUUCUUUCAGCAAAAGGGAGCCAACCUUACUGCAGAAACUUCUUAGUGCAGAUAUAAAGAGAGAUAGAAGCCGUCUGCUGCAGGUGUUUAGGUUCAUGGUGACAAACUCUUUCUUCAAAGAUUGUCCUGAAAAACCUUUGAAAUUUCCUACGGUAGCAGUUAAAGAAAGUGGGUGCAAUGAAGACAUGGCUGAAGAACUGUCUUCAUUUGCAGCGAAAGAUGCUUCUAAAGGCAGUGACAAUUCCAUGGUUGAAAUAGUUCAUAACAAUGAUUAUGAAUAUCAUAAUGAUGUUUGUAAUUAUGAUGAUGGUGGUGGUGAAGAUGAUGAAGAAGGGGGAACUGAGAGAGCUGAGGAAGAAGAGGGAGAGAUCAUAAACUAGAUAUGCUACCUUGGUUAGUUUUUACACAAGCGACAUUGGGGGAAGGAAGAAUCGUACAUUGGACUUCAGUGUAAGGAUGGAUGCUCCUAACCACUUCAGCUACAAGUCCCUUCUUGAGUUUAUUUUUAUCUCCCUUAAAUUGUACAAAAAUGUAUCAUAUGAUUUUCAUGUUAAAUUCCUGUUAUCACACACAAAACUGAAGCGUGUGCUUUAAUUAGUUAUUUAUUAACAAGUGAAACGGCGUGUAAGAGAUAUUUCUAUUCAUA